UGGGGGAUACGUGGACGGAGGCCCUCGGGACACUCUCGCGCGUGUGGGGCAACUCGCCGAAGCGCACCGGGUACGGCGACCAGAGCGGCCUUGCGGCUGCGACGAUUAAUGGGAAAAGGGCGCUCUUGUUCACGCACCCGGUGUUUCCCCAAAGCAAUUCGUACGCCAACCAGAUCCACCUCUGGCUUUCCGAUGGUGCCCGCAUAUUCGACGUGGGCCCGAUUUCUCCCGAGAGCCAAUUCAGUGCGACCUCCAGCACGCUGCUGUACGCAAACGACAAGUUGUUUUCGCUCUACGAACGGAAAGAGGCUAAAACGCAACGCUUUGUGCUUGUGCGUCUGGACGACCAGCUGGAGCGCAUAAAGGAGGUGCUGGCGCAGUGGGAUAAGCUUGAAAAGGACUUCUCCCAGCUCUGCACGUCCUUGGGUGCGGCUGUCGCGUGUGACGGCUCUGCCCGCAGUGUUGGGUUUUUGUCCAAUACGGGCUCCGCCGCCCACUGGAGCGACGAGUACCUCGGCGUGGACGCAGCGGUGAGCGGCGCGACGAAGGUCACGAACGGCUUUGAGUUCAGCGGGUCCAAUUCACGCGCCGAGUGGCCCGUGGGCGCGCAGGGGCAGAACCAGCGGUACCACUUCGCAAACUACUACUUUAUUUUGCUGGCGACAGUGACCGUCAAUGACCCGAAAGGCGGCGUCUCUGUGUUUGGUGUGCGGCUCAACGGCACUGACAGUGCGGGCAACCGCUUUGGAUUGCUGUGCAGCGGCGACAACAAGUGGGUGGUGAAGAGCCGGACUGGGGAGAAGGUGGCGCAGGGCGCCACGUGUGAGCCCAAUAAACAGUACUACGUGCUUCUUACACUCGAGUACGGCAGGUUUUUAUUCUUCGUCAACGGCGAGGCACUGAAGCUUGCGGGUGCGGAUGCCGCGGCGCUGGCGAAGAAGGAUGGGGAGGAGAUCGUACACUUCUACUUUGGGGCGGACGACGGCAUGAGUGGCGUUGACGGCAGCGUGACCGUGAAGAACGUCUUUCUGAUGAGUCGCCCACUGCAUAUCAUUGAAUCCGAGAUACCCAACAACGGUGCUGGGUCAGGCGCCAAUAAAGAUGAGAGUUCCGUACGUGCGCAUGGGUCUCGCGUGCUCUUGCUGCUUCUGGGGCUGUGGGGGCUUGCGGCGUUUUACUGA